AUCGUGAUGCAAUUAAAAAAUAUAAAUCUAUGAAAGAUCGUUGGGAUACAAUUCUUGAUGGUGUCACUGAAGUACAACAUGAUAUGCCAGGAAUAGAAGCUUACCUAGAUCAUUCUGUUGUAUCUAGUAAUUCUCCUCCUUCUUCAAUACCCUCAUCUAUAGCUUCAUCUCCACCAAUGUCCCCUAAUAUGAAACCUAGAGGGAUGUUUUCUCCUGAAUCUGGUUCUCCUCCUACAAGGGGUCAACAAAGAUCUUUAUCUCCUAAUAGAAUCGAUUAUCUCGAUUCUCCAUUAAAUAAUAUUAGAUCUCCUUCUUUACGUUCAAAAUCUCCUUCACCUAGAGCUACAAGUCCUUUAGGUGGUAGUCGUAAUUAUUUGACUUCUAUAAGUGGUCGUUCUGUUAGUCCUACUCCUCCUUCAGAAAGACCUCCAUGGAAUCAAUAUUACAAUCAAACAUAUAAUUACCAUGGUUAUAAUAAUGGUCAUCAUACUAUGUCUCCUCUACAAGGAAAUGGUCAUCAUACUAUGUCUCCUCUACAAGGAAAUGGUCAUCAUACUAUAUCUCCUCUACAAGGAAAUGGUCGUUCUUCAAGUCGUUCAAGUUCUCCU